GAUUAGGCAACAGGAGAAAUGAUUAUAAAACACUCUUAGGUCAGUGAUAUAAGGGUGUUAUUAAUGUGAUAUAUAUCGACAAAAUGAUUAGGGGAAAGGAUAUACAUGUAGAUUAGAAUUAAACAAUUAUAGAUAAAAUUGGGUGUCGGUUCUGGUAAGAAUAUAACAAAUAGGGGCCUACAUACACAUACAAUAGUUUGGAUUCAGAAAUAUGUUUAGUUAUACAGUGAAGUAUUGAUUGAGUACACAAGUACAUGGAUUUUCAACAACAGAAUAAAAUACUGAAUCUUUUACUUUUUUCAGUAAAGGAAUGUACUGUAUGAAAUGUUUUAGAAUUAGUACUUCAAGAUUCACCACUGGCACAUCUAGCAUUACCUGGCAGAUACCUUGCCAUUAACUCCUACAUUUGUACAGUAUUUUGUGGGUACAUAUUGUGAUUUACUAAUAUGAAAAGAAUUUCAUUAUACUCUACGUUUUCAUUUAUAUACAUUUUUCUACCUUAAUGUUUUCAUACUACAACAUUGAAAAUAAGAUACAAUAAAACUUGCGAUGCUGCAUGCACUUCAAAUGUAUUCUUUUCAAAAGACCUUUUAUCCCGGCCCUUUUGUUACGAUGUUUAUAUUUUCCCCUAAAUUGCGCCUUAUGCUAGUAAUAUCAUUGUCACGUGAGUGUGUGUGUCUUCCAUUCAGUAGUGCUUUACUAUUACGGGGUGCAUGCUCUCCAAACUCUGUGACUGCGAUGUAACGUACAGCGAUAGAUGGUAGACUCUAGAUGACCUACGUGUGUAUAUGAUGACGAUCUGACUUGGAUUACAGAUCAACAGAUGAAAUACAACUAGCAUGUCAGACUACACGAGUAUAACCUUUGGUGUGAACCUCAUUGAAGCAUCAAAAGCUGAAUAUGACUUUUUACUUGAGGUCCAAAAUCUGGAUUACCUUAAAGAUGAUGACGUGCUUCGUUAUUCCAUACAUCGUUACGAAAUUUUUUGGCUUCCUCUGGUCGCCUCCCAAGGCGAGAGCAUUCAGUCCGAAUAUUUACAUCCACCAAUUGACAUAGGCUGGGUAUGGCAUUGUCACAUGCUAGCUCCACAUAAGUAUGCCGAGUACUGCAAGUCGCAAUAUGGAAGAGUCCUUGAUCACUCGGUGAUAACUUCGAUGGCUGGACGAGAAUUGACAACGACCAUGUGGCUAAGUUAUUAUCCCAGUGAACCAUUUGAGCUUAGCCAAGAAAUAAAGAAUGAGAAAGUUCCCCAGGAUUCAAUGUCUCACAAAUCACAGAUGUCGUAUGAUCUGUUGGCAGCCAUCCAUCGACAGCAGGACUUUUUCUAUAAUAUACAUCUUCCACAUUACAGAGAUACUAUAUUUUUGCAGGAGGCAUUGACUAGGUACCAGAAGUUUCUGUACCUGAAGAUGAAAAAUCCCUCCGACUUCCUUGUACCUUGUUACGAUAUUGAUUUCAUUUGGCACACACAUCAACUUCAUCCAGUUGAUUAUGCGAAAGUUACUUGCUCAUUGCUUGGCCGUGUGCUUGUCCAUGACGACACAGUGACCGAUAGAAAUCCAGAGUCCAAACUUUCGUUGUCUGAUGAAAAUACAAGAAAAUUGUGGCGCGAGGAAUACAAUGAAUCAUUUUCCAGAUUUGGCGCCAUGUAUCGAGGCGAUUCUCCAAGAGGUAACCUUUAUCGUCUUCAACAGCAGGACAUUGAUAAAAUAUGCGGAAGAAGAGCCAUUGUCACUAUUCAACAAAUAGCCAUAACGACAACAAAUGCAAUUGGCGACAAAAAUAUAAAAUUGAAAAUUUACAAAAACAAUGUCCUCUCACACAGCGGACUGCUGAUGCGAAAGUUGACGAGUAAACUGGGCAGAAUGAUGUGGGCAAAUCAAGACAUCAAAUUUUCAUAUGGACCAUACGAUUUCAACAUUGCAUUUACACUUUCAACUAGAGUUGGCAAAUUUGGUGUAAGUUCUAAUCCGAUAGGCGGAUGUCAAGAAAGACUUGGACUUUAUCUCAAUCGCCCUGAAUUACAAGAAGGCGGUGCGUUUGAAUUUGAAAAAGACAUGCAGAUAUUGAGCGUAUUGCCAACAGCAAAAUGUUUAGUGAAGGGAUCCAUUACACGCCCCAUUCGAGAUGACAUUGUGCUGUAUUUGGAGCCCUGUAUCUAUGAAGAGGCAAAUAUGCCAACGAAUAUCAAAGAAAUAUGGGGACCAGUUCCUUUGAAAAAUUCCAACGAACAAAAUAUUUGUCAGGUGGCUUCGCAUAGGUUGAGAGACCAAACUGGAAAUUUAGUUUUCACGUGCCGCGUAAUACACAGUGUCAGUGUUAUGAUGUCAGUUGUACACGUAUUUUACCACGACAAAAUGGUGGCAGUUGCACACGUGAUCGGCUCUGAUCAAUUACCAAUGACGUAUCAAACAACGGGGAAUCUGACGCUCAACCCAGGAGCUGGUGAGAGAGCGAUAGUUAUCAAAACUGAGGAGGGAGAUUCUCUAAUACUUGUAGGAAGGUGGUCCGGAUUUGUCCGAGGACAAGCAGGAAGAAGAGGUAAACGAGGAGUUCGUGGAAGUCCAGGUCAUCUCAAAAUCAAAAUAUACCGAAUUGAUCAUAAAGGCCCUCUACAUGAAGAGGAAGUCCGAUUUUCUCAAGAUUAUUCCCUGGAAUAUCAAGGUUUGAAAAUAGACUUCACAAGAGGUGUGUUAGGUUGCAGCAAGAUGGCCGCUGGUCAGGUUCUCCAGUAUGUUGCUUUAUCAUUUUCUGUGUCCCUCCUUCACGUCCUAUGUGUACCACGUCCCUCAAACUGGAGACCCGGAGAUUCCCUAAAACUUAAAGUCACGAAGAGGGGUCGGCGAAGAGUUGAAAGAUUUCCGGACGAAGACAUGUCAUUUAUGAUGGCAGCCGGUCUUCUGCUUUUGACGCCAUCUAAUCACUAUAUUUAUCAUACUUAUGGCACAGGUGGUUGUGCAGGAUGUGCAGGUGGAGGAAUCGUAUCGGCUACAGGGAUAGGAUUCGAUCAAAAUCAAUGUAUAAUAGAUUCAGAUGGAGGCGAUUUUGGUGGAGGUGGAGAUGGUGGAGGUGGAGAUGGCGGAUGUGGUGAUAAUGGUGGUGGUUGUGGAGGGUGUGGUGGAGGCUGUGGUGGAGGAUGCGGAGGUGGUGGAGGAGGAUGUGGAGGAGGCGGAGGGUGUGGAGGAGGUGGAGGCGGUGGUGGAGGAUGUGGAAGUGGUGGAGGAGGCGGAGGCGGUGAUUGAGGCAUUCGUGGUGGAAAAUGAUUCGCUAGAGAUAUUUAGAGACAAUGACAUAGUAUUCAUCAUGUAUAUUCAACGACUUUCUGUAUCGUGAACAAUUCUAAGUGACUGAACUAGGCGUUCAGUCAUUGAUGAUAGCAAAAUAUUUCGGUCAUGUUAGAGGUUCGAUAUUGGUAAUAUAGAGACUGGUUAUUAAUUUGCUAUGUACUGUAUAUGAAAGCAAUGACAACUGUCCCAAUCUUUAAUCCGGUCGCAAAUGUAUUUACUUUCAUAAAGAGAGGAUCGAAAUAUAAAUCCGAGACUACCUGAUGUUGAACGGUAGUAAUACAUGAUAUUUCCUCUAAUGGAUGGAGCUAUAGUAUGAGGUAGAAUAAAAUGAUAAAAAUAAUUGGUGACAUC